AAAAGAAUUGUCAUUGUUAGAAAAUUGAUCGAAACUGCGACACGUUUUUUCCUGACCUGGCAGUUAGUUAGUUUUUAGUGAAUAGUUUUUUUGAGAAAACCUAGGUGGAAUCUAUUUUGCUAGUUGCGCGUGAUUUGAGUGCUCGCGGGUUUGUGAGUCGGAAGAGUUUGAGUGACCGUUCGAUUGUUCCGGUUAGGUGUACCGGGUUGAGCUCAAUUAGAGCGGUAGGAAAGAAAAAGCCUUCAAAUAGCCGGUGAUAUCCGACGGUUUAGGGUUGCCAGAGCUAGAGCUUAGGGUAAACGGCGAAACUUAUUUUCGAGUUCGUUCGCAUACAACGUACUACGGAACAGUUUUUAUUUCCCACAAAUCUCGAAAAUAAAGCUGCAACGAGCAACCUAAACCUGGAACCGAUGAUGGAAGGCCCUACCGGAGAGCUGUACAGCUGCGUGACAUGUCGCCGCCCGGAUUCAGCGCAGAGCAUGGUCGCUUGUGACGAGUGUUCGCAAUGGCAACAUUAUGGAUGCGCCGGUGUUACGGCUACCAUAGCCGAUCGAAGCUGGCUCUGCUGCAGAUGCGUAGCUAUUCACAACGCAGUUAAUUUGACUCAAACCGGCAACAUAAACUCGCCCGAAGCACACACAACAUUUGCUUCAGCUCGCGCUGCUGAACGUGAUGGUAAUACCACCGAUCCAAUAAGUGGGAGAAAGGACGAUCGAAAUUUCGGAAGACUUCAAUCCUCGUCUAAUUCGAAUGCCGGAUCAGUCGUCUCAGUCAAUGCUAUUGCUCAUCUUCGUUUGAGGCACCUGAAAGAGCAAAAGGAUUUGGAGGAUCAAAAAGCGGAACGGGAUCGCGAGUUUCUCGCUAGAAAGCAGCAGCUAGAAGCAGAAAUAGCUCUGGAAGAGCUCAAUGAAGGAUGUGAUCGUAGCGUAGGAGGAAAAAGUCAUCGAAGUAUCGCCGGUUGGGUGGAACAACAAUGCGGAUUCGUGCAUACUUCUACCCCAGUCCAGCAGAAACCCGAGACAGUGGCUCCAAGUGCGAACCCACAUCCCGCCAUCCAACAGCGAGAGGAGCGGCAAAGAAUGCAAGCAGUUAUUCAAUCAGGUCAACAGAUUCAACCAAGCACUGCGCCAAAACAAGCAGAGAUUCCAGUAAGAAAUCCUCCCCCAGCUAUAGCACCGGGCCCAAGGAGCAAUUAUCUUGAUUCGAAUCCACGUUUUCAGCCAGUGGCUCAGAAUCCAGUUCCACCUGUACCAGUGAAUCCGCUAACAUUGGCACCGCCGAGCUCGUCGCAGUUCCCUGGAUUUCCAGUGAUGAAUAACCCCUACGGGGCGAUGUAUUUUCCGAAUAUUCCUGACAUGCCGUCAUCUGGUGCUGAUUAUCAGUUUGCGCACCCUCAGGGAGGAGUCUUUAUCAACAACCCAGUCAGGCAUCCGAACUUUGGUUUGAAUGUACAGCCGUGUGCUUGGCAAGCAUCCGAGCAGCACCCGCCUACAGUUCCACCAACAGUGUCAGCAGAUUUGGGUAAAGGAUUUCCUCAUGCUACAGGUCGCAUGAUUACGCCACAGCAACUGGCGGCGCGUCAAGUUGUCUCUAGAGACCUCCCCAAGUUUUCCGGGGACCCACUCGAGUGGCCCAUGUUCUUGAGUGCAUUUGAAUCGACAACGGCCAUGUGUGGCAUACAACCCGACGAGAACCUCGCUAGGCUACAGAAGAGUCUUAUUGGUAGCGCUCGCGAAAAGGUUCAGAAUAUUCUAACGCUGCCGGAUGCAAUCCCGGAAAUUAUCGACAUCCUACGAGCCGAGUGUGGAAGGCCAGACCAAAUUGUAUACUGUCUGCUAUCCAAGAUCCGGAAAACCGCUCAGCCAUCUGUGACGAAAUUGGAGACGCUUGUGACGUUCGGCAGAGAGGUACGCAACAUGGUAACGUACAUGCAGUCAGCGAAACUGAACACCCAUUUGGACAAUCCACUCUUGCUGGCAGAGCUGGUCGCUAAGCUUCCACCCGACUUGCAGCUACAAUGGGGUAUGAACUUAGCAGCUCUUCCUGAACCGUCGCUUGGUGAUUUCUGUGCGUUUGUGUCGGCUUAUCGAACAGCGGCAUGCAAGGUGAAAUUGACGUCGGAUGUUGGUCUGAAUGAAAAAGCCACCAAAGGUGUUGUGAGAAAGGAGAAGCCAGUUUAUUUGAACGCACAUUCCGCCUCCGUGUCCUCAGCGCCUGGACCACCGGCUUCGAAAGUUAAUCCGGAGCUAAAGCCGUGCCUGAUGUGCAAAAGUACAACGCACAGAGUCCGAACUUGUAAGCAGUUCGAAACGUUGCCGCUCGAAGAGAAGCUGAGGUUCAUCAGUGAAACGGGAAUGUGUAGGCGUUGUCUGGCGCCGCAUGGAAGGUGGCCUUGCCGAAACAAGCAGCCUUGCGGGAUCAAUGGAUGCCCUGAGCCCCACCAUAAACUGUUACAUCCAAGAAGUGGUACGACUCUCAAGAGUCAAGGAUCGGAAUCUUCUGUAUCGGUAACCGCCCACCAUCAACACCAGCAAGGCACCACUUUCUUCAAAAUACUUCCGGUGACUCUUCACGCGAACGGGAAGUCAGUGUCCACAUUUGCCUUUCUGGACGACGGAUCCGACCUGACGCUGGUCGAAGACGAACUUAUCGACGAACUGGGCUUGGUGGGCGAAAGAAUUCCGCUUUGCCUGCAGUGGACUAGUAACGUCACGAGAAGUGAGAGUAACUCUCGUAAGGUCGAGAUAGGUAUCUCGGGUGCUUCGAACAAUCGCAUCCAUCAGCUGGCGAACGUAAGAACCGUUGAGAGCUUGGAAUUACCGAAGCAGAGCUUGGAUUAUGAGAGUCUCUCGAAGCAAUUCCCCCAUCUGAGUGGACUUCCCAUCAGCAGCUAUAGGACGGCCGUGCCACGAAUUCUUAUCGGUGUCGAUAAUGCUCAGCUCAACUUAGCUUUGAAGAAGAGGGAAAGAUCCGGAGGAGAACCUGUUGCUGCUAAAUUUCGCCUCGGAUGGGCAAUAUUCGGUGGAAGACGAGCACCUGAGACGAUAGGUAGUGCUUAUGUUCACGUCUGCGAGUGCUCCAAUAGCCGCGAGCUCCAUGAAAUGGUCCAGCAGUAUUUUGAAUUCGAAAACCUGGCGAUAUCCGGAUUGAAUCCGCCCGAAUCCGAUGAAGAUCGACGGGCCAGAAGAUUGCUCGAAGAGACGACAGUUCGUACACCAUCCGGAAAGUUCCAAACUGGAUUGCUUUGGAAAAGCGAUGAGCCGGUUUUUCCGAACAACUUUAGCAUGGCAGUACGUCGACACGGUUGUUUUGAAAGGCGCUUGCUGAAAGAUCCCGAACUGAAAACUAAUAUUGACAAACAAAUCAACGAUUAUCUACAGAAGGGGUACGUUCACAAAGCGACGUCAGACGAGCUCCGCAACAGUGACGACAGAAAGAUUUGGUACCUGCCAAUCAGCGCAGUGCGACAUCCGCGCAAGCCAACGAAGGUGCGUGUAGUCUGGGAUGCUGCGGCUACGUAUGGAGGAACCUCUCUGAACUCCCAGCUUUUGAAAGGGCCGGAUUUGGUGAAGCCGCUUCUAUCUGUCCUCUGCCGAUUCCGACAGAAACAGUAUGCCAUCGCUGGGGACAUAAGGCAAAUGUUCCACCAGUUGAUUAUUCGUCCGGAAGAUAGGAACGCACAACGAUUUUUGUAUCGGGAAAAUCCAGAAGCUGCGCUCGACGUGUACAUAAUGGACGUCGCAACGUUCGGGGCAACAUGCUCCCCGUGUUCAGCACAGUUUGCUAAGAAUAAAAACGCCCAGGAACAUAAACAUCGCUAUCCGGAAGCUGCUGAAGCAAUCGUUGACAACACAUACGUUGACGAUUUCCUUGCGAGCUGUGAUACAAUUGAAGAGGCAACGAAACUGGCUUUGGAAGUGAGUUUGGUCAACCGAUCGGCUGGUUUUGAGAUACCUAGUUGGCAGUCGAAUUCCGAACACCUCCUGAAACGGGUUGGGGUGACUACUGGAGAUGAGAUGAAGAGCUUUGCCAUCGAGAAGACGACAAAAACCGAAAGAGUCCUCGGCAUGAUGUGGGUACCGAGUGAAGAUGUGUUUGUAUUUUCGGCGGAUUUCCGAACAGAUCUACUCCCGUUGCUGUCUGGGGAAACGCGACCAACAAAGCGGCAAGUGUUGCAGGUAGUCAUGAGCCUUUUUGACCCGCUCGGAAUCGUGGCCUGCUACACCAUACAUGGGAAAAUUCUCAUCCAGUCCAUCUGGCGUUCGGGAAUUCUGUGGGAUGAUCCUAUCUGCGACGACGACUUUGAUAAGUGGCAGCGCUGGAUCAAACUGGCACCGAAGUUGGAAAAUGUAAGAGUGCCACGUUGUUAUUUCCCCAACUACACUACCGGCAGCUACAAUUCACUUCAGCUGCAUGUGUUCGUGGACGCCAGUGAGCUGGCCUACUGUGCUGCGGCCUAUUUUAGAAUCGUUGACGGAGAUACUCCCCGCUGCGCUCUGGUGGCAGCUAAGGCCAAAGUUACACCUUUAAGACCACAAUCCAUACCUCGAAACGAGCUGGGCGCUGCAGUGAUUGGUUCUCGGUUGCUGAAGUCUGUAGAAGAAAGUCACUCACUGCAAAUUACCGAAAAGUUCCUGUGGACCGAUUCUUCGACUGUUAUGGCCUGGCUCCGUGCGGAUCCGCGAAAAUAUCGCCAAUUUGUCGGUUUUAGAAUAGCAGAAAUUUUGACGAAUACUUCGGUGGAAGACUGGCAGUGGGUUCCUUCCCGUGACAACAUAGCCGACCAAGGAACCAAAUGGGGUAAUGGUCCCAACUUCGAUCCAGAUGGUUUGUGGUACAAAGGACCCGAAUUCUUGUACCAACCAACAGAGGAAUGGCCGAAACAAAAACCCUGCUUGGAGUCACCCAAAGACGAAUUACGGUCGGUAAACGUUCAUCGUCAGUCUGACGAUGAUUUUGUAGUCAACAUGGAAAGUUUCUCGCGGUGGGAUGGGCUACUCAACCGAGUUGCUUAUAUGUAUCAUUUCGUGCACCGCUUCAAGCGCUUCAAACGGGAACCGGUGGAAUCUAGUGAAUCCUGUGGUGAUCUGAAUCGUGAUGAUUAUGUGUCGGCGGAAGCAGCCAUUUGGCGGGCUGUGCAGCGACAGGUGUUCGCGGAAGAAAUUCAAGCGCUUAGAAGCAGUUCUGAGCUUUCAUCGAAGCAGUGGAAGCGUAUCGGCAAGGGAAGUGUCCUAGCGAAGCUAUCACCGGUGAUCGAUGAGUCCGGUGUUCUCCGGAUGGCGAGCAGAAUCGACCCUCAAGCGGCUUAUUAUUCGUUCGACUUUCGAAAUCCUGUGAUAAUACCAAGAGAUCAUCAUGUCACCACUCUUUUGAUCCUGCGAUUUCACCAAAAGUACGGCCAUGCCAAUACCGAGACUGUACUGAACGAGCUCAAGCAGCGUUACUACAUCCCCCGGAUGAGAGCCAGCGUGAAGAAGGCGAUUAAAAGCUGCAUGUGGUGUCGUGUUUAUCUGGCUAGACCACAGGCUCCAAAAAUGGCCCCACUCCCCCAGCCCAGGGUUAAACCCUAUGUACGACCGUUCACCUUCACAGGGCUGGACUACUUCGGACCACUGCUGGUCAAACGAGGACGUAGCGACGAAAAAAGGUGGGUCGCGCUUUUCACCUGCCUCUCGGUGAGGGCGUUGCACCUAGAAGUGGUGCAUUCUUUAUCGGCAGAAUCCUGCAGGAUGGCAAUUCGGCGGUUUAUCGCUAAGCAUGGUCCUCCUCAAGAGAUAUUCAGCGACAAUGGGACGAACUUUCGCGGGGCAGCACGAGAGUUGGAAGAAGAAACCAAUGCAAUCAAUAAGGAGUUAGCGAGCUAUUUUACCAACAGCCAUACACAAUGGCACUUUAACCCCCCUUCUGCCCCCCAUAUGGGCGGGGUUUGGGAGAGGAAAGUCCGGUCCGUGAAGGAGGCGUUCAAGACUCUCUCGCACCAUCAAAGGCUAGACGAUGAAGGACUGCGAACAUUGCUCUCGGAAGCAGAAUUGAUAGUCAACUCCCAUCCGCUGACGUUCGUGCCGCUGGAGGAUCCCAAGGAAGAAGUGCUGACUCCAAAUCAUUUCCUUUGGCUAAGUUCCGGCGAGGACAGCAAACCACCAAGGGUACCAAUCGACGAUGUUACACCUCUUCGACCAAACUGGAAGGUUAUUCAACACUUAACAAACCAGUUUUGGAAGCGCUGGGUGCAAGCUUACCUACCUACUAUAGCCUGCAGGACGAAAUGGUUCGCGGAAACGCGGCCGCUGAAGGUCGGCGAUCUAGUGGUCAUCGUUGACGAGUCCGUGCGCAACGGAUGGCUCCGAGGUAAAGUGGUGAGGACUUAUCCAGGACGAGACGGACAAGUUCACAAGGUCGACGUGGAGACUUGCGACGGAUCUACUCUUCAAAGACCAGCGGUAAAGGUUGCUCUGUUGGACGUGCAGGAGGAGAGUAAAGUCGAUUGACUACGACGUUACGGGUUGGGGUGUUAGUAGAACUGGCAACCUUGGUACGGAGAUCGGACAAACGUCAACGCGUUGGCGCCGAAAAAGAAUUGUCAUUGUUAGAAAAUUGAUCGAAACUGCGACACGUUUUUUCCUGACCUGGCAGUUAGUUAGUUUUUAGUGAAUAGUUUUUUUGAGAAAACCUAGGUGGAAUCUAUUUUGCUAGUUGCGCGUGAUUUGAGUGCUCGCGGGUUUGUGAGUCGGAAGAGUUUGAGUGACCGUUCGAUUGUUCCGGUUAGGUGUACCGGGUUGAGCUCAAUUAGAGCGGUAGGAAAGAAAAAGCCUUCAAAUAGCCGGUGAUAUCCGACGGUUUAGGGUUGCCAGAGCUAGAGCUUAGGGUAAACGGCGAAACUUAUUUUCGAGUUCGUUCGCAUACAACGUACUACGGAACAGUUUUUAUUUCCCACA